GUGUGUGUGUUCUCCCUGGUGCUUCAAAAAUAUUUCUCAGAAGCGCAGUUCAAAUACCGACCCCUGGAUUCAGGCGGGAAAUUAAUUUGCUGUUUCCUUUUCGCCAGGAGGAGAAAAGUUAGGACGGCGAUGACCCAAGAACAGUGCACUCAUAGGAACAAUGUCCAGAGCUCAGAGAAACCUCACGUGUACAAGGUGGGCAUCUACGGCUGGAGGAAGCGCUGCCUCUACUUCUUCGUCCUGCUGUUGAUGAUCCUCAUCCUGGUCAACCUGGCCUUAACCAUCUGGAUCCUCAAGGUCAUGAACUUCACCAUAGAUGGGAUGGGGAGUCUGAGGAUAACAGAGAAGGGUGUGAAGCUGGAGGGAGACUCGGAGUUCCUGCAGCCCCUGUAUGCCAAAGAAAUCCAGUCCAGACCAGGCAGCCCGCUGCUCCUGCAGUCCUCCCGAAACGUGUCCAUCAACAUCCUGAACCAGAAGAACCAGCCCGUCACCCAGCUAGUGGCAGGAUCCAGGGGCGUGCUGGCUCGGGGGAAGAUGCUGGAGGUCAAGUCCAGCACGGGGAAGCUGCUGUUCUCCGCUGACGAACAGGAAGUGGUGGUGGGGGCUGAGAGGCUGAGGGUGAUGGGUGCGGAGGGAGCAGUGUUCAGUAACUCCCUGGAGACUCCACACGUCAGAGCUGAGCCGUUCAAAGAGCUGCGACUGGAGUCUCCCACCAGGUCCCUCUUCGUGGAGGCUCCUAAGGGGGUGCAGAUCCUGGCCGAGGCCGGGGACAUCCAGGCCAUCUGCAGAAGUGACCUCCGUCUGGAGUCCAAAGACGGAGAGAUCACCCUGGACGCCCAGAGGAUCCGCUUGUUGCGUCUGCCGGAGGGCAAGGCGUCCGCCUCGGGGAGCAGGCAGCCUGUGUUCGAGGUGUGUGUGUGUCCCAACGGCAAACUGUUUCUCUCUCAGGCCGGGAUCGGAUCCACCUGCCAGAUCAGCAACAACGUCUGCCUCUAGAACACACACACACACACACACACACUGAUACGCAAAUACACACACACACUGAUACACACAUACACACACACACACACAGAUACACACCCACACACACAGGGAUACAUCCACAAGCAUACACACACACACACAGAUACACACACGGAUACACACACACUGACACACACACACACAUUCUGACAGACAUACUCUCACACUGAUAAACGCACAACCUUUCGUACACAAACCAUACAAAUCCACACACAAACGCUUUUAAACACAACUUCACACAAAUAGAAGCUACCACUAAUACAAAUAUAUACACACACAAUGGGCACUGACACACAAACAGAAUUACAUGAACAUGUGAUUUAUCUAAUAUUAAAGCUUGAAAAUGCACACACACACAUCUCCCCCAUAACACACUCACGCCUACACACACACACACACACAC